GUUAUGAACCGAGAAGGUAGUGCUUGAAUCUCCGCCAUCCUCGUCAUCGUCGUCGUGACACCUAUAGAGUAUCCAAACGUGGACAGCGAAUGCUCACCGUAAUUGCUUCAAUGAAUUUUGAAUCAUGGUCUGAAAUAGAAGCUCAAUUCUUGUGUUCUCAUUUGCGCUAUCAGUUGUGGGAGUGUGAUACAUUGGAAGUUAAUAUUGCCGGCCAGCAUUGAAGAUUCAGAUCGAUGAAUUUCUCUUGUUUCUUUCUUUGAUUUCGGGAGAUUACGAACUGUUCGUCCGAUUUAUUGAUCACUUUGCAACUAUUCUGUAUGAUUUAACCGCCAUUUUGUUUCUGGUUCUGUAAUGGAAGGUCCAUUGGCUGCCGAUGAAGAUAGAGACAUGGAAGAGCCAUUGUUGAGCAACUCUGAUCGCAAAGGAGGCUUGAGAGCUUUGCCUUUCAUUAUCGCUAAUGGAGCACUUGAGAGGCUCGCGAGUCAGGGUUUAUCGCCGAGUAUGAUACUCUAUUUGACUAGGGUUUAUGGAAUGAACUCCGCCAAUGCUUCCAAUGUCAUCUUCCUCUGGUCUGCUGCCUCAAAUUUUACUCCGAUCAUUUGUGCUUUUCUCGCUGAUUCCUAUUUUGGUCGGUUUAGGAUGAUCGCGGCUGGCUGUAUCAUCAGCUGUUUGGGGAUGUUUGUUUUAUGGCUAACUGCAAUGAUUCCGCAAGCAAGGCCUUUCUGUGAUGGUGCCAUUUGUGAUACCCCAUCGAUAGCUCAACUAUUGCUUCUAUAUUCUUCUUAUGCACUAAUGUCGAUGGGAUCUGGCUGCCUUCAAUCAUCCAACCUCGCCUUUGGCGCAAAUCAAUUGCACAGGAAAAACAAAUCCAAUUCAGGCAUUUUGGAUCGUUAUUUCGACUUAUAUUAUGUUUCAUCUGCUAGUGGAUCACUUAUAGGAGUGUCAUGUAUUGUGUAUAUUCAAGAUCGUAUGGGAUGGAGGGUGGGCUUUGGAGUUCCUGUUGCACUCAUGUUAUUAUCUACGGUGAUUUUUCUCUUGGCCUCUCCCUUAUAUUUGAAGCCGAUGCCUAGCAGUAGUUGGUGUGCUGGGCUUGUGCAAGUUUUCGUUGCUGCUUAUAAGAAGAGGCAUAUGCAAGUGUCAUCUACUGGCACAUCUGAAAUGUACCACCACAAAAGUGGAUCACCGCUUGCCAUGCCAAGUGACAAGUUAAGGUUUCUGAACAAAGCGUGCAUCAUUAGAAAUUCCGAGGACGAGCUAGCUUCAGACGGGAGGGCUUCAAAUCCUUGGAUCCUAUGCACUGUGGAACAAGUUGAAGACCUGAAAACACUCAUCCGGAUAAUGGCAUUGUGGUCUACUGGGAUCCUUGUUUGUGCAGCUUUGAGUCAACCAUUUUAUGUUCUCCAGGUUGCAUCUAUGGAUCGACACCUUACCCCGACUUUCGAAGUUCCUGCAGGCUCGUUUGGUGCAGUGUUUGUUGUUUCUCUAAUAUUAUGGAUUAUGUUAUAUGAUCGCUUGAUCCUCCCUCUGGUAUCCAGUUGCAGGGGAAAACCAACUCGUCUCAGUGGGAAAACCAGAAUGGGAAUUGGGAUUCUUUUGUGCACCUUCAGUUUGGCAGUAACGGCAGUCGUCGAGAGUAAUCGACGUGCUUUAGCCAUAAAGGAAGGCUUCUCCGACGACCCAGAUGCUGUGGUAAACAUGUCUGCAUUUUGGACCCUACCACGCUACAUCUUAUUAGGUAUGGCCGAGGCUUUCAACGUGAUCGGGCAAAUUGAAUUCUUCUACUAUGAGCUUCCAAAAGCCAUGUCCAGUGUAGCAACCUCUCUUUUUGGGCUGAGCAUGUCUGUAGGCAACUUGGCUGCUAGUUUUAUAGUGACUAUCGUCGAUAAUUUCACUAAAGCAGCAGGCGUAAAGAGUUGGGUUUCCAGCAACAUCAACCAGGGCCACAGUGACUAUUAUUAUUGGCUGCUUUUUGGUUUGCUGUUCGCUAAUUUUUUGUAUUUUCUUGCCUGUAGCAAGUCUUAUGGUCCUUCCAAGGAAGAAGCAAGAGGUGGAUCUAAUGCUGAAGAUGAUCUCAAUAAUGUAAAUUAGUUUCUUUCUUUCUUUCUGUGAAGUGUGAAGUGUAUUUGGGAAGUUUUUUUUUUUUUUUUUUUU